ACCCCCAUGGCGGCCAGACGGAAACAGCCGAAGGGGCGACGAAGCCAGUGCGAGCUCUUCCGAGUCCGGCCCCUUCUCAUACGUCACUGGGCAACGCUCCCAUGGCAACGAGGCCCCGCCCCUUAAAGGGGACGCGCAGAUCAUUUUUUAGGCUCCCAGAAGGAUCUCCUUCCGUCUCUCUGCACCCAGCAUGAACUCCAACAGCCAGGAUCUCAACGGGACCCCAUCUGCGGAGGCCUUCUCCUAUGGGGAACGGGACUUGGUGUUCAGCGGGGUAGAGUGGCCAUCCAAGGGCCUGUCCCGCUUUGAUCGUGCCCUGCUGCAAGGCUGGAGGGACCGCAUGGAGAAGGGCUUCUUCCGCUACCGCUUGGAGGCGUUGCCCACCCGGGUCCUGCCAGGCGUGAUGGGUCUGGUGGCACAGCUGAACGUGGAGCGCGGGGCGCGGCGGAGGGCCCCCCAGGAGAUCCACAGCCUUCAACAGGCCUUCGACCCGCAGCGGUUCAACUUUACCCGCAUCCGGCCAGAGGAGGUGCUCUUCGCCUUGAGGCGGGAAGGCUCCGCGGAGGAGGUUCUGGUGGUCAUCAACGUCAGCCCUUUGGAAAACGGGCAUGUGCUCCUGGUGCCGGAUCCGGGCUGUGAACUGCCGCAGGUGCUGACCCCGGAGGCCCUCCUUUGUGGCCUGGAGGCCGUCCUGCUCAGCACCCAGCCGGGCUUCCGCGUGGGCUUCAAUAGCCUGGGGGCUUGCGCCUCCGUCAACCACCUCCAUCUGCAUGGCUAUUACCUGGACAGGAAGCUGCCGGUGGAGACUGCCCCUUGCCAAGCCCUUCUGCCCAAAGCAGGGCUCUACUUGCUGCAGGAUGGGGCCCCGGCACCUGGCUUCCUCUUCUUCUUCUCCAAAGUGGCGCAGCUGGAGGAGAUGGCCAGACAAGUAGCAAAGCUGACCAGCUUCCUGGCAGAGAAAGGGGUGGCCCACAAUCUCUUUGUCACCCGGGGAGCGGACCCAAAUAAGGGAUCUUUCUGCGCUGCAUCGCGGCCGGGGCUUCGAAUCAUUGUCUGGCCCCGGAGGGCCUGCUUUGGGGCCAAGGAGUCCUCUGCCUUCAAUGUGGCGCUCUGUGAACUGGCAGGGCAUCUGCCCAUCAAGACCGCCCAGGACUUUGAGACCCUGACCGAGGCCUCGGCUCUCCAGAUAAUUCGAGAGUGUCUCCUCUCAGAUGCUGAGUUUGCCCAGCUGCAGCGAGAGCUGGUGGCCCUCUUGGGGUGACAUCUGUGGGGCUCAAGUGUGCUGCAGGUUGGCAGGCCUCUUUCUCCGCUCUUCCCACUCAAACAUGAACGCAAGGCCAUGAACUCAAAACUGCCUGAGACUUCCAGGCUCUGACCAAGGCCUCGGCCCUCCAAAUUAUUUGGGAGGGUUUCCUCUCAGACACUGAGUUUGCUCAGUUGCAGUGAGAGCUGGUGGCCCAUAAACAUGUUUUAACAAAAGAAAUAAGAGAUAUACAGUGUUCCCUCACUACUUCGCGGUUCACUUUUUGCGGAUUCGCUGUUAUGCGGUUUUUCAAUUACUCUAAAAGACUAUUAUAAAUCAUUAAAAAUUACAAUUUACAGCCUAAGGAAGAGAGGAAGGAGAAGCCAAAGGGAGAGAGAAGGAGCCCAAGUGGCAACAGGAGGAAAAGGAAGUGAUUUAUCAACACACAAUUGGUUGAUAAAGACUUAAAAUAGUGUAUAACUACUUAAAUAAUGUAUAAAUACUAAAAUAAAUAUAGUGUCCCUACUUUGUGGAUUUUCACUUAUUGCGAGUGGUCCUGGAACCUAACCCCAGCAAUAAGUGAGGGAACACUGUAUUCUGGGAAGGCAAAGAUUUUCCAAAGUGUAAUUAUUCUGUGUUGCUUUGACAAAGAGAUUAGACGUUAUUUUCAUGGCUAAAGACAUUUAUUGAACCAUCUAAACAUUAUAAAUACACUGCAGCCUCUCUGCUGCAGAUUCUUCUUGCAUUGCUUUGUUAAAAUUUGGUUAGAGUUAAUGGAGUUCAUUGUAUGCCUAGGGCAAAGGUUUCUGGCCAUUUGACCAAGAUUGCCUUUGAAUCAAAGCACAGCCUCUUUGUUCAAUGAGCAGAGUAGCAGAAAGCCACAAAGUUUAAAUGGUUGACUUUGUAUAGAGCGUGUUUUGAAAGGUUCCAGCAUUGAUAAAACGACAGAAAAUAACACACACUAAUAAAUGUAUCAAAGACCAAAAAAAAAAACCAACCAAAAUGAUGAGAUUUAAAAAAGAAAUCUGCUUACAAAAACAGGCUCAAAAGUAGUUUUGGUAAAUCAAAUCCAGGUUGAAGUUAUAAGUCCAAUAAAGUGAGGAGUAAAAUGGGAUUUCCUUCUGUCUUGUGGUGAAAUAAAAUAAGAGAAAUCCCAUGCGGUCAGAUAGGACAUCAUUCAAAAGAGUAAAACGAACAUGAACCCAGAAACCCCUUUUGCCAGAUAGUUCAAUAUUCAGGAGUUCUGGGGCAGCGUGGUUCACACAUUUAUUUAUGUAAUGCUGCUCAGUAACCUGUGAAAUAUUUAUUUAUUUAUUACAGUAUUUAUAUCCCGCCCUUCUCACCCAAUAAGGGACUCGGGGCAGCUUACAAUAAAAGCACAUACAGUAGGGUCUCCAACAUUCGCUUAUCCAACAUUCUGGAUUAUCCAACGCAUUUCUGUAGUCAAUGUUUUCAAUACAUAGUGAUAUUUUGGUGUUAAAUUCGUAAAUACAGUAAUUACUACAUAGCAUUACUGCAUAUUGAACUACUUUUUCUCUCAAAUUUGUUGUAUAACAUGAUGUUUUGGUGCUUAAUUUGUAAAAUCAUAACCAAAUUUGAUGUUUAAUAGACUUUUCCUUGAUCCCUC